AUAAUCUGUCUUAUCCCUCGACCCCGAUCUUAUCUCGAAAGGACAGACACAGAAACAAUUCCUUUGUUCACGAGACUCGAUCCUUGAUCCUGGCUAACGAACAACGCUGCGGGCUGUGCUUAACCGACCACCAUGCCCAUCUUCACAAACACCCCCGAGGCCAGGCUCGGCAGAGCCGACUCCAAAAACCCAUCAACAACAUGUCGCGGAAUCACGUCUGCCGGCCGGCCCUGUAGACGCCCCAAUACUCUGCCCCAAGGUGGAAAAAUCAAGGUUAGCGACCCGAGCGAUGAACGUCUCUACUGUCACCAGCAUAAGGACCAGGCUCGCCUGGCUGCUGCCCAGUCGGCUCCGGGGUCCGGCCGGCCAGCCCAUGCCGCCAUCGCCGAGGAGCGCUCCAGUAUCGACACCUUGGCCGAGCGUUUGGGCUUAAUCAAGACCAAUUCGGCCCAAGUGCGGCCAUCUGCUCAACACCAACGACCUCCACGACCGGCGCAGCAAAAGAAGAGCUCGUCGCUUUGGUGCUGCUGCUUCAGUGUUCCCCUAGAUUUCGAGCUCGAGGAACAAGAUCCGCCGCCACGGCCACAGCCCAAGCCCGUACAGCACGAUGGAUCCUCGCGACCCUCUCACCUGGCUCCCACAUCAGGUGUCUCCCCGCGACCGGGCUCGUCAAACCAACAACCCCCAGCUGGCUCCAACGUUUCCCAGACGGCGCAAUUUAUGUCCCUGAUCCCGCACACCGCCUCCCCCGAGACAGCCUCCUUGUUGAUGAAGGAACUCGCCAAGGGCUUCUCCUCGGGCGACGAGGCUGGCUACAUUUACAUCUUCUGGCUCACGCCCGAAACCGACCCCGCGACACCGCCCCACGAGGCCGCCAAGGCCUUGCUCACCACCAACCCCCGAUCGCGAUCGACCUCGCGCGGGCGGGCGGCCAGCGACGCGCUGGAUCGGUACGCCACUUCUUACGAUGAUGAGCCCCGCAGUCGCGGCAGGGGCGGCAGCGAGAAGAAGAAUAAGAAGAUCCUUCUCAAGAUCGGCCGCGCCAACAAUGUGCAGCGACGGUUGAACGAGUGGCAGCGCCAGUGCGGAUACAACAUUUCGUUGAUCAGAUACUACCCCUAUGUGUCGUCGUCUAGCACCAGCGACGUGAUGCGCAAGAUGCCACACAGCCACAAGGUCGAAAGGCUCAUCCAUAUCGAGCUGCAAGGGCGCGGGCUGAGGGUUAUGGACCGCGGCAAGUGCGCGUCGUGCGGGAAGGAGCAUAAAGAGUGGUUUGAGGUGGAUAACACGAGGGCGGCGGUGGCAGAUAUUGAUGAGGUCGUGAGGCGGUGGUCGGAUUGGGACGAGACUCAGGCUUAGACGAUUGGUGGGUGAUGGUUGAUUUUCAGGAUUCUCAGACUUCCAUGGAUGAGCGACAAAGUUGGGUUUUGGGUAUGUGAUUGGCAUAUAACACGAUAUGACGCGACAUGGCACGGCACGGCAUUUGCAUUUGGCGUUAGGGAUGGAUAUUUUCGUUGGUCUAGAUCUCGGGUUAUGAUGUUUCAACCAUCUGUGGGUGGGAAAUUCUACGUUUGUGUUCACAUCUUCCUUUAGCUAUGUGGUUUUCCGCUCUUGUAAUUCAAUGCCUUGUCUUCUACGUCA